AAAAUAAAUUAAAAAAGGAAGACUAAAGUUGAAAUUUAAAGGCAGUUGUCAAUUUCCCAUAAUAAUAAAGUAAUCACGUGGAAUGAGGAGUUGAAAAAGUAAACUUGUCAGUUUCCCAAGACAAGAUACCCACUAGUUAUUAUUUUUUAUUUUUUUUGCUGUCAAAUAAAACAAAAAGAAAAAGAAAAAUUCAGUUAUCAGUAAAGUAAUCACGUGGAAUUAGGAAUUGAAAAAGGAAAAUUGAGGACCCUUCCUCUUCUUCAUCUUCUUCGUUUCCCACGAUAAUAAAAACCCCAUUUUUUCUGUACUUCUACUGCGAGUUUCGACUGAAAAUUGCGGCAUGGUCGGAGGUGAACGUCGGAGACGACAAUGUCCACUCCGUUAGACUCGCCUUAACCUCGCGAGCAAAAGGCCCAACAUCUCGCGAUAGGAACUCUUGUCUUUCCCCUUCAAUUUCUAGAUCUAGGUUUUCAGAAGUUUGGGACGCCAUUUUCAACGACCCGGGUCGCGAUUCAACCACGUUUCGGGACGAACGAACCCGGUUCGUGGAACAUGGCCACGUACCACGUUCCGGGUAUCAUUGGUCUUGAAAGGUAGAAAAGAUAGAAAAUAUAUCUUUGGUGCUUGUGAGAAGCAAUUGAGAGACAAAACUUGUAAAGCGAUUGCAAAGUGGUUUUUUGAUGCGGGGAUACCCUUUCAUGCGGCUACUUAUGAUAGUUUCAAAGGCAUGCUUGAUGCCGUUGCACAAUAUGGCAUGGGAUUCAAGCCACCAAGCAUGCAUGAGCUAAGAGUUCCUCUCCUCAAGAGUGAAGUAGAGGAGAUUGAUAAACUAAAGGAAGAGCACAAGAAAGAGUGGGCAACAAAAGGUUGUUCAAUUAUGUCCGAUGGAUGGCGUGAUUCGAUUGCCUCAAAAGACAUUGUGAACUUUCUUGUCAACUCUCCAAAAGGUUCUUUCUUCAUAAAAUCCAUGGAUGUUUCCAAUGUUGUGAAAGAUGCGGAUUUGUUGUUUCAUAUGCUUGAUGACAUGGUAGAGGAAGUUGGAGAACAAAAUGCAAUCCAAGUGGUGACGGAUAACGCAUCCAAUUAUGUUAAGGCCGGAAGAUUGUUGGAGGCUAAAAGACAACAUCUUUAUUGGACUCCUUGCGCCGCACAUUGUUUGGACUUGAUGUUGGAAGAUAUUGGGAAAAUUCCUAAGGUCAAGAAUGCUUUGAAGAAAUGCAUCUUCAUGAAUGGUUAUAUAUAUAACCAUAUAGCUCUUGUGAACUUGAUGAGGAAAUUCACAAAUCAAAGGAAUUUGCAUAGGCCGGCGGUUACAAGAUUUGCUACAUCUUUCAUUACUCUUGCUCAAUUUCAUAAGCAAAAGAGUAACUUGAGGAAGAUGGUUACUUCUCAAGAGUGGAAUACCUCUAAGUGGUCAAAGGAUGUGGGAGGAAAGAAAAUAGCAACAUACUUUUUGCAAGACACUUUUUGGAGAAAUGUCUUAUAUGCUCUUAAGUUGACCGGUCCACUAGUUAAGGUGCUUAGAAUUGUUGAUGGAGAGAAAAAGCCUCCUAUGGGAUAUAUUUAUGAAGCCAUGGAUAGGGCUAAGGAGACUAUCUCUAAGAGUUUUGGAAUGAAAGAGGAGAAAUACAAAGAAGCUUUUGAGUUCAUUGAUAAAAGAUGGAAUUGUCAACUUCAUCGACCUUUGCAUGCGGCCGGUUAUUAUCUAAACCCCGAGAUCCAUUAUGAUAAUGUUGAAAAUGUCGAAUGUGAAGAAGUGAUGUUGGGUUUGUAUGAUUGUAUUGGAAGGAUAGUUCCGGAUGUUGAAACUCAAGAGAAGAUUCUUUUGGAAUUGGAUUCAUUUAAGAAUGCCACCGGUCUCUUUGGUCAUUAUAUGGCUAUAAGACAAAGAAAGACCAAAUCCCCAGCGGAUUGGUGGUCUAGUUAUGGAUCUUCAACUCCCGACCUCAAGAAUUUUGCCAUAAAGGUUCUUAGCCUAACUUGUAGUGCUACGGGUUGUGAGAGAAAUUGGGGUGUUUUUCAAAAACUUCACUCCAAAAAGAGGAAUCGGUUGGCACAAAGUCGAUUGAAUGACAUGGUGUAUGUGAAAGCUAAUCGAGCUUUAGAGCGUCGAUAUAAGAGAAAAGACACCAUUGAUCCCGUUCUUUUAAGAGAGAUUGAUGAGAGUAAUGAGUGGUUACUUGGGAGAAUGGAAGAGAAUUCUUCGGAUGAUGAAGGUGAUCUUGUAUUUGAGGGUGAUGACUUGACAUGGGCUAGUGUUAGUAGAGCCGCCGGAGCCAAUGAUCCAAUCUAUGGCACUAGAGGAGCAACAAGGGUUGCUAGGGAGUCCAUGCCAUCCUCAUCUAGAGUUGAUAAAGGAAAAGGUCCGACUACUACCUCCACUUCUAAAUUUUCUCGUCGAGUUGUGAUUGUGGAUGAUGAUGAAGAGGAUGAGGAAGAAGAUAUUGGUGAAGAUGGAGAUUAUCUAGAUGAUGAGGAUGAGUAUGAUGCUAUCGAUGAUGAUGAUGAGCUCUAGGAGCAUAGGGGCAACUAUAAGCUUGAAAAACCGAGUUUGCUUUUCUUUUUUCCUUUUUUUAGUCUUUCUACUUACUUGCUUAUGUUGGUUGUGACUUUUGUGAGCUUGUGACUUACUCUAAGUCUUUGGUUAGUACUUUAGACUCUUAGACGUAUGCCGGUUUGAUGUCUAGUAAUGAAUUAUGCUUCCUUUUCUUAA